AUGGCUGUAAACAGAAUUUCAAGAGCUAAAACACCUUCUGGAACAACGGUCGUAAGAACGAACUUGCUACGUGCCCGUAGAUGGAUGAAUAGAAAUGGGAUCACACUCGUCAGGGCUGACAAGGCCAAAACUAUGGUGGUCAUGAAGCAGGAAACGUAUGAUCAUCUAUUAUUCGAGUACAUCAACAUUACAAACUGUGAAGAGGUGAGCAACAAUACAGUGGAGAAAUUACACGCGAAGGUUAAGAAAUUCAAUAAUAGUAAGUUAGCGAAAAGAUUGGAAUUUAAGAAAGUUGUAAUGGACUCACCCGAUACACCUAAACUUUUCGGAUUUGCGAAAACGCACAAGUCGGGACAACAGAUUCGCCCAGUGGUGGAUAAAAAUAGAGCACCAACCCAACAAUUAGAAAAGCUGACGCACUCGUUGAUUUCUCCAUACUUGCAUGACUACCCCUAUACAGUAAACAGCAGUGAACAACUCCUAGCAUACCUCAAGCAGGUGGACAAUCCGCCACAAUUUCUUACUGUAUUCGAUUUUAAGUCCCUAUACCCAUCAAUUCUUCUUCCUCCAACAUUUUGUGCCCUGAGGGAUCUCUUAUUCAGAAUAGUUAAUGACGCUAACCUACAACAACAAAUCUUAGAGAUGACGCACCUGUUAUGUUACAACUCGUUAUUUCAAUUCAGAGGCAAAACGUACAUGCAAUCCAGGGGCGUACCGAUGGGGAGCCCCAUUGCAGGGGACUUAUGUGAGUUGGUGAUACGUCAAUUAGAAGAAAGAGUCCUCCCACUCCAUAUCUCUAACAUCAUAUUAUACAGGAGGUAUAUUGAUGAUAUCCUCAUUCUAUGGAAGGUUAAGCCUGACAUAUCAGCUUUCUUGGAAUUGGUUAAUGACAACAGAUACGGCUUAACUCUAGAGCUGGACCAAGCACACGACAGGCAAGUGCAUUUUCUGGAUAUUAGCAUUAAGGUGGAUGGAAAGAGGAUCCAAACAGAGGUAUACAGGAAACCUAUUGCAGAACCGCUAUACAUACCAACAACAUCGUGUGAUCCUUACCAUUAUAAAAUAGCGGCAUUCAACACAUUAAUUAAGCGAGCCUAUACUCAUUCAUCCACCAAGGCUGCUCUAGAAUCUGAACAUAGAACCAUAGCUAACAUAGCGAAACGCCAUGGUUAUUACAACCUUAUGAAUAAAUUAUCCAAGAAACUACGCCAUCCGCAAGUAUCCGCAAGAGACGCAGGGCAGGAAGAUGACAGACCAGAGCAUAAAGACAGAGUUCCGGUCACUUACAACCCGUGGUUACAGAAACUCUACUCAGAGAUUGCGAAAAAGAAAAACAUCAAUAUCACAUACAGGAGAUGUCCCACGGUCUUUAAUAUACUCCGUAAUGCUAAAGAUCCUCCCAACAAUCACAUGCUUUCGGGAGUAUAUACCAUCCCAUUGAAGGAUCAUCGAUGUGAUGAACAGCUAUUAUACAUUGGAUCCACUAAACGCUCGUUAUCUGUCAGAUUAAAAGAACACAUCGCAGACAUACAGCAUGGAAGAAUAACCACGGCACUCGCUCGUUAUGCCACAGAUCCAGAUAUCGAUCCUAAGUUUAGUGAGGCUAGAAUCAUUCACACCACACCGCAUACGGAACAUCUAAGAUGGAUAGAGGCAAUGUCUAUAUAUAAAGCGGCCCGAAACAACAGGUGCAUUAAUAAUAAGGAGGAAUUAUCUCUAUCCCUAGCAUGGGAAAUGCUUAUACAGGACAGAGAAAAUAUUCUAUAA